AGCCAGCACGAGCUCAGUUUUCCGUUCGAAUUUCGGAGCGCUCCGCUCCCCAGUUCACCACACUCCACUAGCGCCUGAGACCUGUCGAUGGCGAGGCGGAGCCUGGCUGGCGGCGCCACCGCGGGCGCCGCAUCCCGGGUUCGGUUUGCGCCCACCUCCAACAACCUGCUCGUCUCUUCGUGGGAUUCGGGGCUGCGGCUGUACGACGCCGACAGGAACACGCUGCGGUUCAAGGCGGAGUCGGAGCCGGCGCUUCUCGACUGUUGCUUCGAAGAUGAGUCGGCAGCGUUCGCUUGCUGCUCUGAUGGAUCUGUGAGGAGGUAUGACUUCCGCUCAGUUUCUCAGGAUACAAUGGGGCUCCAUGACGAUGCGGUUUCUUGCAUCGAAUAUAGUCAGACCACUGGUCAGAUUGUGACCGGGAGCCUUGACAAAAAACUUCAGUUGUGGGAUACAAAAACAAAAAACUUCAGUUGUGGGAUAACCUUUGAUUCAGAUGUGUCAUCACUUUCAGUUUGUGGCAUGUAUAUAUCAGUCGCAGUUGCAAGAAAUGUUUAUUUUUAUGACAUGAGGAAUCUAACUGGGCCAGUCAAAGCUAAAUUUUCUCCUCUAGAAUAUCAUAUUCGGUGCCUUCAAUCUUCUUUGCAGUGGAAUGGUUAUGUUGCUGGCUCUGUCGAUGGUGUUGUUGCGUUGAACUAUCUUGAUGAUGUAAUAGAUGGGAAUAUGGGAUAUGCUUUCCGAUGUCAUCCAAAUUCCAGAAGUGGAAGAUCCAACCUGGUGCCAAUAAAUUGCAUCGCAAUUCAUCCCUGCAAGAAAAUUUUUGUUACUGGAGAUGAUGGAGGAUAUGCUAUCGCCUGGGAUGCUCAAUCAAAAAAGAAGCUGCUUGAGUGCCAUAAAAGCAACAGUAUUUUACUAUUGCAGUUUCCUAGCUAUUCGAGCAGUGUGGCAUCAAUGGCGUACAACCAUAGUGGCCAACUUUUGGCAGUUGCUCCAAACUAUUAUCAUGAAGUGGAUACAAUGAUGGAGGAGCACCAGAUAUUCAUUGAAGCAGCGGACGACUUCAAAAGGAAGCCUCAUGUGGUGAAAGACCCUUCUAACCAAACCUAGAGCUGCCUACCCUAUUGUUGUACAAAAAAUCAAGCUAAAGUGCUCCCAUUGUAUUGAUUGUAGUGUCGCAUGUCCAAGCUCACCAAGAUCUAGCAGCAUGUUGUAAUAUGUUGUAGGGCUAAGCAUUAUUUGUGUAAAUGUGCGCCUGUUCCCAUUUCCCUGCCCCAGCUGUUUACACUAGAGAAAACUUGCUAUAGAUUCAUGCUAGAGAACAUGGUGGUUCUGCCGGAAAAAAGGGUCGAAGCGAAGUCGUGUUUUUCUUUUUCUGCUGAAGUCUAAAUAUGAUCGGGAGUAGGGGACCAUCAUGUCGUGAAAUGGAAUAUUUGUUUUUUUCA